CCAUGAUGCCGCCUGGGUGCACAUGUCUUUAUUUCAUUUAAAAUGGCGACCACGACGGACAUGAAGGGGAAUGUUGUGAAGAUGGAGGUCGACUACAGUGAGACAGUCGACAAGAGGAUACCGGAGUGUGAGGCUCUAGCUGCGGAGGGAAAACUGACGGAAUCUCUAGACAUUCUGUUAUCCCUUGAAAAGCAGACAAGAACGGCUGCAGAUAUGCACUCUACAGCACGUAUCCUGGUCUGUAUAGUACAGUUAUGUUUCAAAGCCAAAGACUGGAAUGCACUGAAUGAGCAUAUAAUCCUUUUGACCAAACGUCGCAGUCAGCUGAAGCAGGCCGUCACCAAGAUGAUACAGGAAUCAUACACGUAUAUUGACCAAACACCAGACAUGGAGACCAAGCUCAAAUUGAUUGACACAUUACGCACUGUCACCGCCGGCAAGAUCUAUGUUGAGAUUGAGAGGGCACGUCUCACCAUGAUGCUUGCUAAGAUCAAGGAGAAUGAAGGGAACAUCACAGAGGCUGCCAACAUCCUGCAGGAACUUCAGGUUGAGACAUUUGGCUCUAUGGAGAGGAAGGAGAAAGUUGAGUUUAUCAUGGAACAGAUGCGGCUCUGUCUCGCCAAGAAGGACUACAUCAGAACACAGAUCAUCAGCAAGAAAAUAAGCCCCAAGUUCUUUGAUGGUGACAAGGAACAGGACUUAAAGCUAAAGUACUACCAACUGUUGAUAGAGCUUGCUGACCAGGAGUCUAACUACUUGGCCACAUGUAAACAUUACAAGGCCAUCUAUGAAACCCCCAUCAUCACAGAAGACAAAGAGAAGAAACACCAGGCUCUAAAGCAUGUUGUUCUAUUCCUUGUGCUGGCGCCAUUUGACAAUGAGCAAUCAGACCUCCUGCACAGGGUAAAGGAAGAUAAAACACUGGAGGAGAUACCACUCUACAAGGAGCUUUUAAAGUGUUUCACUACCUCAGAGCUCAUGAACUGGGCACACGUACAACAACAGUAUGGCCCUGAAUUACAUGGCUCCGCCCUUGGUGUGUUUGACACUAAUACUGAUAAUGGCAAGAAGAGAUGGGACGACCUCCGCAAGCGUGUUGUUGAGCAUAACAUUCGUGUGAUGGCGAAGUACUACACACGGAUCUCCAUGACCAGAAUGGCACAACUUCUCAACCUAACAGUAGAGGAAAGCGAACAUUUCCUCUCUGAACUAGUCGUCUCCAAAACAGUAUUUGCACGGAUAGACAGACCUUCAGGAAUAGUCACCUUCAGCAGCAACAAGUCACCCAAUGAGAUUCUUAACGAGUGGUCACACAACUUAACGACCUUGAUGCAACUCCUGAACCGCACAACUCACCUCAUUACAAAGGAAGAGAUGGUUCAUAAGAUGGUUCAGUGAUAAUCCCCGCCUUACCUGACCAUGAGCAACUUAUCAACCACACCCUGUGCAACUCAUCAGCCUCUUUGACAAACAUCCUGCCUCUAACAAGAUGCUGCUUUGGUAUGUGCUUUGAGCAUCUGAACAAUUCUAUUAGGAACGUUUCAUUAUUCAUGCUAAAGAUCUGCCGAGGGCUUCUUUAUUGGCAAAGAUCGGCUGAAUGUUUAUUGCAGUGCAAACUAGUUGCAGGAAGGUAGAAUCUGCUUGUAAGUUUUGGAACUUAAUGAUAUAGAAGUGUGUGUCAGUAAAAGCAAAGAUCUUAUGACAAAUUCUAACACAUCUCCGGGCUUUACUUUCUAUAACUGAAACUCGCUUCGGGGGAUAUGGCCCAAGCCUGCUGUUCUCUAUGGCAACUGUCAGUCGAUAUGAACAAUACGUAACAUUAUAACAACAGCAGUUCCAACACAAUUCGCAACAAUUAUUGUUGUUAACUGCGGUGUGACAGCUAUUAUUACCAACUGACAAAAAAUAUAACAAAAUCAGUGUGAACAAAGCAGUUGAAUCAGUAGCAUGACAACUUCUAGUGAUAGUAGCUGAAGAAACUGUUACACAAGUAAAAGUAACACAGUAACAGAAGAAUCACAACUAUCAUAACCAUAAUCAUAACAGGAAUUAAAAACUGAUAUUUUACUGUCA